GCCUACGUUCCUCCGGCAAUCGUUCAGGUUUCCUCGUGGGUUACGUCCAAACAGCAGCGAGAGGGCACGGCCGCGUCUUAUCGCUUGCUCGAUGUCUUCUCAAGCGGAGAACGUGCCACUCCGUCACAAAUUCGUCGUCUACGCACCUGACAUGUCUGACGACGGUGCCUUCCAGCGUCGUCUAAGCGUCCGUCAGGCACACUUGGACAACGCUGCGGAACAAGCGAAACAGGGUGUCGUUAAACUGGGAGGAGCGAUGCUCACUCCGCAGUCCAUCGCACCAAAUGCUGAGAAGAAGAUGGUUGGAUCUCUCUUCAUCUGCGAGGCUGAUAGCUUGGAAACUGUGCGCUCUCUCAUGGAGAGUGACAUCUACUAUACUAGCGGAGUGUGGGACAAGGAGAAAUUGGUUAUUCUACCCAUCGCGCUUGCAAACCUUCCCUCGUCAGAAUAACAUGUCAUGUCCUUUGUCACGGACGAAGCGUCACAUAGUGUACGGGAGUAAUGACCACACCGUCCGUUCUUGGGCCAGCCGGGAGCUGAGUUCAACACUAUUGAACUACAUCUUGCAGUGUUUCUGAAGUGAGAAGCAUUCCGGACUCGGCGUUCCCGGACCGAGGACCUUGCACCAGAUACCGGAGACCGGCUUUUGAUUCUCAG